AGCAUCUGAAAUAUUUGGAUAAAAACAUAGAGGCAGUGCAUAGAAGGUCGACGUUAACUUAUAUGCGGAUGCGCGUGCACGGCGGCCCGCCCCCGACGGUGUGGCGCGUCCUGACGCUUUUCCACGUCGCUGUUCCGUCUCACAGGCGAACUCGCUGCGUCUGUAUGCGUGUCUCCAGCUAGGCCAGAGAGUGAUGGCGGCGCCCGUCCUGAGAGUGUCCACCCCUCGGUGGGAGAGAAUAGCCCGGCUCACCGUCUGCCUGCUGGGCAUCCUGCUGUCGCUAUACGCGUUUCACGUCGAGAGGGAAAAGGCUCGGGAUCCGAGUUACACGGCGAUGUGCGACGUCAGUAGCUCCGUCAGCUGUUCAAAAGUGUUCAGCUCAAGAUGGGGUCGAGGAUUUGGACUCUUGGGCUCAAUUUUUGGAAAUGACAGUGCACUGAACCAACCCAACAGUGUCUAUGGGAUUAUCUUUUAUGUCUUCCAGCUCCUGCUAGGAAUGACUGUCAGUGCAAUGGCUGCCCUCAUCCUCAUGACAACGUCCAUCUUUUCAGUGGUGGGUUCACUGUACCUGGGCUACAUCCUGUAUUUUGUCCUAAAGGACCUCUGCGUCAUCUGCAUCACCACGUAUGCGCUGAACUUCAUUCUCUUUGUUCUCAACUACAAGCGACUGGUUUACUUGAACGAAGCCUGGAAGCAGCAGCUCCAGGCCAAGCAGGACUAAAGCUGUGGAAGCACGGCAAGAAAAAUACAACCACAAAAGAUAGGUGACCUCUGAACAGUUGACUUGCCACCAGGAGACCUUGCUUCCAAACAAUGUUUAUUCUGCUGUGUGUUCAAAAAAAAUGAAGAAAUUUAACUUAAAUGUUGGGCCUGACAUCUCAGUGUUGAUUGCGUACCGGAAGGAUUUGUAUGCGACAGACGAUUCUUUUGAUUUCUUUUCUUUUGAUUAACAUCGUACUCACUGGAGACAGGGGCUCGAUGCCUGUGUGAACACGUGAUCUCAAGUAAGCAGAAGGUCGCAGUACUAAACGAUGGAUAGGUCUCUUUUGAACGAGAGGAUCGCAGGAUGUGAAUGAGGUUCACCGAACACUGCUAGAAAGCUCCUGUUACUGCACAGCAGAUCUGCACUAAAGGCCGGAACCCAAUACCUGCUCCAAAAAUUAGAAAACCCAUUAGGCAAUCGUAGAGUUUGCAGGUUGAAGGUUCCAAGCCAGGUUGGGGGCAGGACUAAAUUUUAUUGAUUUUUUUUUUAUUUUUUAUUUUUUUUCAUGUUUACACUUUGUAGUCAGUUUCUUUUUGAAGAGGACCACUAAAAAAAAACACAGGGCAGUGUGAGGUAUUGUGCGUAGAUCAGCCAGAUUGUUCGUUUUUGCAAAUGUGUAAAUAGCUGCUAAGCAAUAUUCCAGGCUAGACCGUGACGAUGUAGUGACGACCACGAACCUUUAAGGAAACGCGAACGCGGGAGUGAAUCUGGAGCAAGAAGUGAUCGGCCUUCGUUCCAGGCGGCGAUCGUUUCACCUGAGGCCACCAAACCUUUUUGGAGAGAACUAAUGUUCUUUUGACCAUGUUUGCAUAAACCCUAAUCCUUUUUAAGAGAAUAAAUCACUAAUAGUUGUGUGAAGCAUUCCUGACUACCACACAAGUGGGAUCCAUAAAGACUUAUGUGCCUAAAGGAGUGUUAAGGUGGAUUUACCUUUUUUCUGUUUCUUUGUUCUACAUUUUCUGUGUAGGAGAGGUUGAUGUCAUGUUAACACCAGUUUUGUGUUUUAUUGUCACAGGUCCAAUGCUUUAUUUUUUUAUCACCACUCUUUUGUAAAUGAAGAUACCAGUUAAGUGUUUUCUCCCUCCCCAAUAGUCUCCAAUGGUAGCAAAGGCUGCUACACUGUGAUUGUCUGCUCGGCGAUAGAAUGACCUGGUGGCAGAAGCGUCUCUUAAUAUUCACCCGGCGUUUGUUCACAUUUUGGCGCGUGUACAUUUUAAUAGAACUGGCGACAGAGAUGAGGAGGCGUAAUGUUGAAUAGCAACGAACCAGUAUGUUAAGCCAUAUGUGGAGUUUAGGGGAAGCGCUCCAGGUUGACUGUGUGUUUUUGUUUUUUGUUUUUUUUUUUGAUUGCACUUGGUUUCAUGCAGAGGUAGAUCACAGCAGGGGGGAAGCAGGCACGGCUCGUAGUGGCUUUGGCAAACGUUCACUGUUUGGUCAGUUCUGUGGCAGAGCAGGAGCAGCGUCUCCCGUUUCAUUCCAGAUCCACUGACGGUUCACCGUCUCCUGACUUUAAGACAUGUAGGCCACAUGUAAUCAUGUGACUCGUCUGUGGUGUCAAUCCAGCUUGUCUUUAAUAGUUUCCAUGUCCCCUCAGAUUUUAAUAGAAUACAAGUUCUCUUCUGUCAAAGACAAUUGUCGUAACCUAUUUGUCUUCGUCAUCACUGUUAACAUUUUUUAAAACCUAGUGACUUUUCAGACAACAUGGUUCCGGUUAACAGUACCUUUCGGUGACCACAGCUAACUGCAGACUGCAGAGUGACCUAAUCCAGACUUGACUUUCACUUGCAUUAAAAAUGUAGGAGCUCACCACUGCUCUAGCACUGUACUCCAAUAACGGUUCGGUCCUCACAAGGGCCAUCUUAAAACACCCAAACAGAUGCAACACAACCUCACACGUUUGGGUUUUGUCUUAUUUAAUUGAUGCAUUCACACAAAACGCCCCUUAGUUCACUUGGCUGCAGAGAUGUGGGUUUUGGUGCUAAUUUAGCCCCAGACAGAGAGAAGACGCAGGUGGCAGAGCCUUCAAGCAACAAGUGAUGCUGUUUGAUUCCUUUAUAACAAAUCUGAAAUCAAAAAUCCAGUUUUUAUCUUUAACACCAGGAACCAAUGCCUGCCUGGAAAGAAACACUACUGUUUCCAUGUGAAAAUAAUUUGCAGUCAUGUUAAGUUUACAAGGGGCAACAUGAAAAAAAAUCAGAUUAUCUCGUGUUCAUUAAAUAUUAUCACCUUGUUGGGCUUGUUUCUAUCUAAAUUCACAAUGGGAUGGUUGGCACAGUGUUGUUUUCUGACUAAGACAGUUCCUGUGGCCUGAGCUUGCUUUGUUUUAAUUCAGAAACGUCACCGUGACAUAAAGGCAACAACUGAGUCUGAGCAUAGAUUUAACCACCGUACUAGAAGUAGCCUGCAAUGACAUUCACAAACCCCAGUCACAUGCAAGCCUACUACACUAGUCAUGUAAAGUUCUCUAAAGAAGUGGGUAAGCAAUGUGGAAGUUACAUCUGGUCGGUGAUUUAUUAUUCAAGCGACAGUGCUUUCUCAUGACUUUAUGUUUAGGCCCUAAGGUAUAACUGCCAUGUUAGUUGCAUCACCAAUGCCAACAAAAGUGCCUUCUGUCUGAUCACUAGGCCUUGAGCCAAAGACGAGCAACAGUAAUAGCCUUGCAAACUGACGAAUGCUAACUGUACCAGGCACUUGUGCUUGCCUUCUUUUAGGAUGUAAUCUGAUAAAUUGGCAACUCCCAAAUAUUAAACACUGUUUAAUAUUCAGUGUCUGUGCAGACAAAAUGCCCUGUCAAUCAACGGACGUUCCUGUUUACCUUCCUGAACUCCACCAUAUACAGUAAAUAUGUUUCUUUAGUCUAGCUAGGACAUGUUUGUUAGUUGCGAACACACUGUUUAAACAUGAUUGUAAUAUUCUUUUCCCCGUCAUUAAUUAUGCCCUUUAGCUGUAUAGACUGUUAAAACUCUGGGUUAUUUUAGGAAUCAAAAACAUAAAGUUGAGGGGUUGGAGGGCUAAGAAUCCAUGUCGGCAUAAAAUGUUUAUUAAAAAUUGUUUGUGGAGGAAAACUUAACUGGGUUUGCUUCUGUAUUGCCAAAUAUGUUUUAAAAUGCUGUAUUUUCUUACAUGGAAAAGUGUUACACGAAUCGUUGGAGGGUGAAAAAUAAGUGAUCUGUUUAUAUCCAUCUUUACCCUAGGGGAAAACUGUGGAAAAGGUUGACAUGAGAACAUUUUUAAUUGUGUUAUUGUCAUGUGGAAAUGAUCUACCAUUAAAACAUUCCCUCUGAAA